CUUUGGGCUAGCGGAACGGGCUUGAGCAUCUUACUGGCAACAUGACUUCUGGACCCCUUCAACUCGGGCUCGUUAACUGCAACAACAAAUACCUCACUGCCGAGGCUUUUGGAUUCAAGAUCAAUGCUUCGGCAAGCAGUUUAAAGAAAAAGCAAGUGUGGAGCCUGGAGCCAGCGGGUGAAGAUACUAGUGCCGUUUUACUUCGGAGCCACCUAGGCCGGUUCCUUUCUGCAGACAAAGAUGGCAAAGUGUCGGGGGAGAGUGAGACUGCUGGACCCGAGUGCCGGUUCCUGGUCAGUGCGCAGGGGGACGGGCGUUGGGCGCUGCAGUCCGAGGCGUACGGCCGGUACUUCGGAGGUUCAGAGGAUCGAAUUAGUUGUUUCUCUCCUUCGGUUUCCCCUGCCGAGAAGUGGGGAGUUCACUUGGCCAUGCACCCACAGUUCACACUAUAUAGCGUGACCCGCAAACGAUAUGCCCGCCUGAGUGCCAAUGGCGACGAGUUAUCCGUGGAACGGGACGUGCCUUGGGGUGUAGACUCGCUCAUUACUCUCAUUUUCCAGGACAAUCGCUAUAGCAUACAAACCCCUGAUCAUCGCCUGUUGGCCUCCGAUGGCAGCCUUAGAGACGGGCCCGGUCCGGACACCGGUUAUACGCUGGACAUUUCAUCUGGGAAAGUGGCAUUUAGAGCCAAUGAUGGUCGUUACUUGACCUCUUCCGGCCCAAGUGGAACCAUGAAGGCAGGCAAGAACAGCAAGGCCGGGAGAGACGAGCUGUUUGUCCUGGAAAGAAGCUGCCCGCAAGUGGUUCUUACUGCGGGGAACGGGAGGAACGUGUCUACAAGGCAGGGUAUUGAUCUUUCAGCAAAUCAGGAUGAGGAGAGUGACCAGGAAACAUUUCAACUGGAAAUCAACAAAGAGACAAAGAUGUGUGCUUUCCGGACUCACACUGGAAAGUACUGGACCCUUUCCAACAAUGGAGGGAUUCAGGCAUCUGCUUCUACACUGAAUAACAGCUGUUAUUUUGAUAUUGACUGGUGCGACCGUAGAAUCACCCUUAAGGGAGUCAAUGGAAAAUUUGUCACAGCAAAGAAGAAUGGCCAACUGUCAGCUUCUAUAGAUACACCAGCAGAGACGGAGCUGUUUUUAAUGAAGCUUAUUAACCGUCCACUGAUCGUUCUGAGGGGUGAGCAUGGUUUCAUUGGCUGCCGUAAAAUGACUGGAACCCUUGAUUCCAAUCGCUCCAUUUAUGAUGUAUUUGAACUGGAAUUCAAUGAUGGUGCUUACAGCCUCAAAGAUUCCACUGGGAAAUACUGGACUGUGGGAAGUGAUAUGUCUGUUACCAGCAGUAGUCCCACUCGGGUGGAUUUCUACUUCGAAUUCUGUGACUACAACAAAGUGGCAAUCAAAGUCAAUGGCCUUUAUCUCAAAGGUGACCAUGCUGGUGUUCUGAAAGCAAAUGCGGAGACCAUCGACUCUUCCACACUCUGGGAAUACUAAGCAUAAUCUGGGGCUAAAUCAUUAGCCGUGUCAAAUGUGUCCCUUGUGCCUGUUUGCUCUUAACAGGGCAAUAUAAUACAAAUCUUGUCUUGCUUGGAGUAACAGUUCUUUCUUUAUUUUAGUCAGUAUCUGCAGUUUUUGACCAAAUAUACACCUAUAGCCUUCUAUAGGUGCCUAUAAUAUACACCUAUAGCACUUCUUUGGUGCAGGGCGUUGUUUAUUGCCACAAUCUUAGUACCCUCUACUGUUCUAUAGUAAGUUUUUAAAAUGGAUCCUUAAAGAAAUGCAGAUGUGGAUAAUUUGACCCAUGUCAUAUUUUAAUAUUUGUUUACAUCCAUUAACAGAACUGCUUCUUAACAAGGUAUUUUUAACUCUGGUAGGAUUCCUGGGAUUGACCCCCUUGCUAGCUUUAAGAACUAUAUUAGUCUUUAACAGUCUUGAUGAGGAGAAAAGAAAAUGUCAUGUCUUAGGAGGCCCUUUAAGUGGCAGUGGUCAUAAUUUGCCAAGUGCUAGCUAUUUUGAAAAAAUGUUUGCUUUUUUAAAAUAAUGCGAAACUUGCACAUUUAACAAUUUAUGCCUAGUAUUUCAUAGGGCCAUAUUCCUCCCUGUAGAAAGGUUUAUGUAAUUGGAAAGGUAGAAUAUUAAUAGUAAUAAACAGUAUUAAAUAUCUUUUAUUUACUUUUAUGUUUACUGAUAAGCCUCAUCUCAAUGUUUGACAUAUUAUUUCGGCAGUGAAUUUAAUAUACUUUGUGGUGCUAAAUGACAAUGCUCUAAAUUUUAAAAUAACUCAAAUGUCAUAAAAUGUAUCACCAACAGUUGAUAUCAAAGAUUGAAUACGUGGUAUUGUUUGUAUAUUAAUCUGGGCUAUUUAAUCUGUCUGCUGUACCACUGAUCUGAACACCAGUUCAGUGAGCAGAUGUGACUAAAGGCUCGGUGGUUUCGCACUCCUGUGAAUUGAUCUGUAAAGCUGCCACAUGCUGAUUAUAAUGUCUUAAGUGCCAUUUUCAGAACAUCGCAGUGUAGAGAAAUAAAUACAUUUUGUCCCAGUAAA